AUGGACGCGAUCUUGUUCCAUGGCGAGGGGGCGCUCAUUGACAAGCCUCGGCUCGCGAAGAACUCGCAGAACACCGUCACAGGCUUCGGGAGUAUCUUACGAAAGAAGUUAAGAAUCGCCCCUCCCCACUACCGUCUCCAACACCGCGUUGCACGCCACCACUCCCCGCCCGGUGUCCGGAACCGUCGACCGCGUCCGGACCGUACCCGAGGUCGCCACUGGUCCGCGGAGGGCUUCGUUGGCAAGAAGGUGCACGGUGCCUUCAUCACCGCCCCCAACUGGUUCAAGCGGGCGCAAAAAGAUGUGCUCGUGUCGUCCUCCCGCUGUUUUGAGUGGACGGGUGCCGUCUCCAUCAGCGAAUCUCCUGCCACUGGUCUCAGCGCAGCUCUCAAACUCCCUUUCGUCGACGGCGCGUUCUCCCUUGAACUCCCGCUCCCGAUAGGACCUUUCGCCACUCUCCGUUAUGACGAUAUCAUUAGCUCCGCGCAGCCCGCACUCGGCUGCUCGUCGCCCUCCGAACAUCUGCUUUCUGACUGUCGCUUCUCUCCGGCAGUGGUCGGGAGUGGCGUCGGCGACCCGACGACGACCCUCGUGCGCGCGUGCGCGAUGCAGGCGAUCGAUCCUCGUCGAGCUCGCGGACGGUACGGACGACGAGCACGAGGUCGAGGGGACAUUUACGCGCGGCGCCGGUCACGCAGACGAAGGCCACGGGCGAGGUGGUCGGACUCUCGGGGGACAUGGGUGCUUGUGGUGCUCAAGGACACGCCGGUUCUGGUGAGGCGCAUCGUCACGUUCGAUGUGGACUUUGGCGAGGGCGAGGGCGAGGGCGAGAAGAAGGUCGGGUUCGAGCUGUACCUCUAG